AGAAUCUACGUGUGCGACGAGAGAGCCAUGACCACGAAGCGAAUCUACCACGGCGUCGACAUCAACGUGCUCGAAGGCUGGCUCGUCAAGUACAACAGCAAGGAAAAGUUCUUUGGUUCGUCGUGCAACAAGCGCUGGUUCAAGGUCGACGUCGCCAAUCCCGAAGACCAUGUCUCGAUGCACCGUCUCAUUUUGAGCUACUUCAAGGCCAAAAAGGCCAAGGAGGUGCGCGGCUGGAUCUACCUCGAAGACGUCACCAAGAUUAACGUCAAGCCCAACUUGAUUGAGAUUGCGUCGCCGUCGCGCACGCUGCGGGUCAAGGGCGAGACGACCGCCGAGCACAAGCUCUGGGCCGACAGCCUCCAAGCGCUUCGAUUCCCGCCGCCGCCCGUAUUGCCCAAGUCCACUGCGAUCGUGCCGUCGUCGCUCAUGGCCACGUUUGAACGCGUCGACGACGCCAGCAAGGAGCUCGCAGCGGCGGCCAAGGCGCCACGAGAAGCCAAGGGGGAGAUUGACGCCAAGGCCGAGCGCAAGUCAAUCGCAGAACCGCUCGUGGACCGCGAGCGCAAGAGCUACAGUGCCGACGUCAAACCGAGUGCGCGAUCGCUGCCGCCUCCCGGGGUCGACUCGGACAGCAGCGGCGACGAGGCCGAAGCCGACGACGAAGACGAAGCAGACGCCAAGGAAGUCGCUGCGCCUGCGAGAUCCACUACCGAGGUCAAGCACACGAGCGAGCCGCGGGCGGGCCCGAAGGCGCAUUUGACGGCCACGGAGCCGCUGCAGUUUUCCGACUCGGAGGACGAAAAUGACGACGACGCGAGUCUACCGGCCAAGCGGUCGCUGGCGCGCGACGUCGACGAGCCCGCGCCAUCGCCCAAAGUUGACGCGGCCAACGACAGCGAUGACGAUGACGACGACAAUGACCGGUUCCAUGACGCCGAGGCCCCGGAGCGCCACCUCUCAACAGAGAUGAAGGCACGCAAUAAUGCGCCACCGACCACGACGGACCAAGCCGAGAGCGACGACGACGGCGACGACGACUCUGUCGGCACCACGACUCGCAAGCAUCCCGACGACGUGGCGAUGCACGAUGCGCACGACAUCGAGGACGACGAUGGUGACAGAAACCAAGAGCCGCCCGCGCAGAUCCACAAGCGCGCGUCUGCGUACUUUGACGACGAGGAAGACGAGGAAGACGAGGCGCGACCGAGCAAGGCAUCGCCCGUUGCGACGACCCACUCGCAUCCGGGGACGUCGGCGGUCGCGGCCGACAACAACUUUGUCACGGAGGAUUGGGACCAAGACGACGCGCCGGUCAAGGCGUCCAUGAAAGCAGAGCGUCAGACAGGCGGUGUUGCCGCCGAUGCCAACUUUGCACACGCCGACUGGGACGACUAGCACCUGGCGACAAUAAAGAUCAACCCAAUCGAAUCAAAACUGUCAUUCGUGUUGUA